GUUUGCAUGCUUUGGUUGUGGUUGUGACAGCGCAGUGGGCGGGAUUAUACCUCAGAUCAGGGGAGAGAGUCUAGUCUUUGGUGAGACUGAGGGGGAGUUAAAGAGAGAAAGGGAGCUGGGGUGCUCUUCAGAGGACGGAAUCUGGAUGCAUGGUGAUCUCUGGCUCUGUGGGUGAUCCUCAGUCACCAUGAAAGAAUAGGAACUCAUCUCUCCCAGGGAAAUGGCUUGUUUCAUAAUAUCCCUUCUACCUGGCAUAUGACUCCAGCUGCCUGUGAAGGGCCUGUUGGCUGUUUAUGGGAACUGUCACUGUGUUCACACUCUUGAGGAUUUAAGAAUUUCCAGGACAGCCCUUUUUUUUUUUUUUUUUGGUCUUUUUAAACCCCUGCUGUCAAGUCAAAGCAGCAACACUUUGCAAUAGACUGGGGAGGCAGUAAGAAGAUGGCGAACAACUCGUACAGUGGGGUGAAGAACUCCAUAGUGGAGGCCAACCAUGAUGGAGAGUUUGGCUGCACACUAAAAGAACUGCGUGGGUUAAUGGAACUGAGGAGUGCUGAGGCAGUAACCAAAAUUGCGGAAUAUUAUGGGGAUAUUCAAGGACUCUGCAACCGGUUAAAAACAUCACCAAUAGAUGGUCUAAGCGGACAGCCUGCAGAUAUUGAGAAGCGGAAAACAGUGUUUGGGGAAAAUUUUAUACCUCCCAAAAAGCCCAAAACGUUCUUACAGUUAGUGUGGGAGGCACUACAGGAUGUCACGCUGAUUAUCCUUGAAGUGGCAGCCAUAGUUUCACUAGGCCUUUCUUUUUAUAAACCUCCAGAUGCAGAAAGAGAAAACUGUGGAAAAGCUGCUGGUGGUGGUGGGGAUGAAAAUGAGGCAGAGGCCGGGUGGAUUGAGGGUGCCGCCAUUCUUCUGUCAGUUAUCUGUGUGGUGCUGGUAACAGCAUUCAAUGACUGGAGUAAAGAGAAGCAAUUUAGAGGCCUCCAGAGCCGCAUUGAGCAGGAACAGAAAUUUACUGUUGUCCGUGGAGGACAAGUUAUUCAAAUUCCUGUGGCGGAGAUUGUGGUUGGGGACAUUGCACAAGUAAAAUAUGGUGACCUCUUGCCUGCUGACGGAGUCUUCAUCCAAGGCAAUGAUCUGAAGAUCGAUGAAAGCUCACUCACAGGGGAGUCUGACCACGUCAAGAAAACACUAGAAAAAGAUCCAAUGCUGUUAUCAGGCACCCAUGUAAUGGAAGGCUCAGGGAAAAUGGUGGUCACUGCUGUGGGUGUCAACUCUCAAACUGGAAUUAUCUUCACUUUACUCGGAGGCGGGGAAGAGGAUGAUGACGACGAGGAGGAAAAGAAAAAAGAGAAGGAAGAGAAGAAGAAACAGAAAAAAAAUAAGAAGCAGGAUGGGUCUGUAGAAAAUCGAAAGAAAGCUAAAGCCCAGGAUGGUGCUGCAAUGGAAAUGCAGCCUCUGAACAGUGACGAGGGAGCAGAUGCAGAGGAGAAGAAGAAAGCCAACCUGCCAAAGAAAGAGAAGUCUGUUCUCCAGGGAAAACUGACCAAACUAGCAGUACAGAUUGGAAAAGCAGGUCUGGUUAUGUCAGCCAUCACUGUUAUCAUCCUGGUGGUGCUGUUUGUAGUGGAUACCUUCUGGAUCCAGAAUCUGUCCUGGGUUAAGCAGUGCACACCUGUUUACAUUCAGUUCUUUGUGAAGUUCUUCAUCAUUGGUGUCACUGUUCUUGUGGUGGCUGUUCCCGAAGGCCUGCCACUCGCUGUAACAAUCUCCUUAGCGUAUUCUGUUAAGAAAAUGAUGAAGGAUAACAAUCUGGUGCGUCACUUGGACGCCUGUGAGACUAUGGGAAAUGCUACUGCCAUCUGUUCUGACAAGACUGGUACACUCACCAUGAACCGCAUGACUGUGGUGCAGGCCUACAUAGCUGAAAAGCACUACAAGAAGGUCCCUGAACCAGAGAACAUCCCCUCCUCCACUUUAGACAUCCUGAUUCUGGGCAUUGCAGUCAACUGCGCCUACACUACUAAGAUCAUGCCUCCAGAGAAAGAAGGGGGUCUGCCACGACAGGUGGGUAACAAGACCGAAUGUGCCUUGCUCGGCUUUUCUACUGAGUUAAAACGCGACUACCAGGCUAUCCGCAACGAGAUUCCUGAAGAGAAACUCUACAAGGUCUACACCUUCAACUCAGUUCGCAAGUCUAUGAGCACUGUGUUAAAGAUGGCUGACGGCAGCUACCGUAUGUUCAGCAAAGGAGCCUCAGAAAUUCUCCUAAAAAAGUGCUAUAAAAUCUUGACAGCUAAUGGUGAGCCAAAGGUGUUCCGCCCACGGGACAGAGAUGACAUGGUUAAGAAAGUGAUCGAGCCCAUGGCCUCAGAGGGCUUGAGAACAAUCUGCCUUGGAUACAGAGAUUUUCCUGCUUCUGAUGGGGAGCCUGACUGGGACAAUGAAAAUGAUAUCCUCAGUGGACUAACCUGCAUCUGUGUGGUUGGCAUUGAAGAUCCUGUUAGACCAGAGGUUCCAGAUGCUAUCAGGAAAUGCCAGCGUGCUGGCAUCACCGUGCGGAUGGUGACUGGGGACAACAUCAACACAGCUCGAGCCAUCGCCACCAAGUGUGGCAUCCUACAGCCUGGAGAUGACUUCCUCUGCCUGGAGGGAAAAGAGUUCAAUCGCAGGAUACGGAAUGAAAAGGGAGAGAUUGAACAAGAACGCAUUGACAAGAUCUGGCCCAAACUUCGAGUAUUGGCUCGCUCUUCCCCCACAGACAAACACACCUUAGUCAAAGGUAUUAUUGACAGCACAGUGGCAGAACAGAGACAAGUAGUAGCAGUGACAGGAGAUGGUACGAAUGAUGGUCCUGCCUUGAAAAAAGCAGAUGUUGGCUUCGCCAUGGGUAUUGCUGGGACAGAUGUUGCCAAGGAGGCAUCUGACAUCAUUCUGACUGAUGACAACUUUUCCAGCAUCGUUAAAGCUGUCAUGUGGGGUCGAAACGUCUAUGACAGCAUCUCCAAGUUCCUUCAGUUUCAGCUAACGGUCAAUGUGGUGGCUGUCAUUGUAGCAUUUACAGGAGCGUGCAUCACACAGGACUCUCCACUGAAAGCUGUACAGAUGUUGUGGGUCAACUUGAUCAUGGACACUUUUGCUUCACUAGCUCUGGCCACAGAGCCCCCUACAGAAGCCCUGCUGCUAAGGAAGCCAUACGGCCGCAACAAACCUCUAAUCUCCCGCACCAUGAUGAAGAACAUCCUGGGUCAUGGAGUUUAUCAGCUAGUCAUCAUUUUUACAUUGCUCUUUGCUGGAGAGAAAUUGUUGGACAUUGACAGUGGCAGGAAUGCACCCCUCCAUGCCCCACCCUCAGAACACUACACCAUUGUCUUCAAUACCUUUGUCAUGAUGCAGCUUUUCAAUGAGAUCAAUGCCCGUAAGAUCCACGGUGAAAGGAAUGUCUUUGAAGGCAUCUUCAACAACCCAAUCUUCUGUAGUAUUGUCUUGGGUACCUUUAUUAUUCAGAUUGUUAUUGUGCAGUUUGGAGGGAAGCCAUUCAGCUGCGUGGCUCUGACGAUUGACCAGUGGCUGUGGUGUACUUUCUUAGGCUUCAGCUCUCUUCUGUGGGGACAGGUUAUCUCUUCAAUACCCACCAGCCGCUUAAAAUUCUUGAAAACAGCAGGCCACGGCACCCAAAAAGAGGAGAUCCCAGAUGAGGAGUUGGAGGAGCUGGAGGACAUGGAUGAGAUCGACCAUGCUGAACGGGAGCUUCGUCGAGGCCAGAUCCUGUGGUUCCGAGGCCUCAAUCGCAUCCAAACUCAGAUGGAUGUAGUGAGUGCGUUCCAGAGUGGAACUUCCUUUCAGGGGGCUCUAAGGCGGCAGGCCUCCAACUCCAGCCAACAACAGCACGAUAUCCGAGUGGUGAAGGCAUUCCGCAGCUCCAUCUCCCUCUAUGAGGGGCUGGAGAAGCCAGAGUCGCGAUCAUCCAUCCACAACUUUAUGACCCACCCCGAAUUUCGGAUAGAGGACUCUGAGCCCCAUAUCCCCCUCAUAGAUGACACAGACGCGGAGGACGAUGCUCCCACCAAGCGCAAUUCGGCCAGCCCGCGCAACGCUACCCCCACACCGCCCUCACCCACACCUUCGCCUGCCACCACCGUUGCCCCCACCACGCCAGUCUCUCCCUCCCCGAACCAGAACAAUAACGCUGUGGAGAGCAGUAACCACCUCCUCCCCGAGGGCCCCAAGUCAGGAACCCCCUCAGCCCCAGGGAGCCCACUACACAGCCUGGAAACCUCGCUUUGAUCUGACCCAGCUCCACACGUCACCACCUCUUUUCUACCCGCCACCAAGGAGCUCAACUCAGACAAAUCGAACGGACACUAGGAGCGUCGAGACGAAGGGUUAGACGGAGAGCGGCGUCUUGUGUGAGCUUGGCUUGGGUUGGACUUAAAGAACAGCAAACAUUCAGAGGAAUGUACGGCUUGGUGUGGAUUCUUUGGUCUUCUUUUAUUUUUGGUUCUUAUUAAUAUCCCACUGCAACACAAGGACUCUGUCUUCACCCCUCCCUCCUUGGUAACACUUGUUUUUCUCGGUAACAAGGGGUGAUUAUAAACUCAGAUUGAAAGUGACCUGUUUUUAUUAUUAUAUUAUAUUUUAAUUGAGAAGGGGAGGUGCUCCUCCUGGCUUGAAGAUCGUCUGUAAGAAUUAUGAACGAACCUUUAGCUUCUCUUUUAUCUGAAUGGUGUUGUAUAUUUAUCUCUUUGGCCCUUGCUCAUUUUGAAACUUAUUUCUGCUCCAUCGGCUGUUAAUAUUUUGAGUUAUUUAUGUUUUUGGAGGGAAAAAAAAGCAGGUCUGUUUACAAAGUUUGUAGAUACUUUUUUUCUGUUUGUAGGCAAAAGAGCUUCCUGAUGUAUGAUGCAGAAAACUGGGACAGAUUAAGAAACGAAUGAGAGGAUUAUUUCAGAUACUGCUGUAUUUUCAGGAAAAAAGGGGUGUUUCUAUUGAAACUUAACUAUUUUUGCCUGCAAGUUUUAUUUGUUAUAUAUUUGUAGAUAAAUAUAGAACCUUCUAGCCAAACCGAUAAACACUAAGGCUUGUAUAGAGAAAAAAAAAAAGAGGUCCAUCUGACGAGGUGUUUUCACAGGAGACGGGACGGGAAAGAUAAUUAAGGCCUCUUGUCCACUAACAUCGCUAUAAAUAUUUAACUUCUUCCAUUUCUUCGCUAGUUUUCAUGUGCACAAAACCUUCUGGAGUUCUGGAUUCUCUUUUUCAGUCAUUAUGUUGUGUUCAGGAAUUUCCACAUGUUGAAAGGUUCAGUUAUUUAAAGGGAGUUUAGAAAAUAAUCCCAGGCCCUUAUUUAUCAUGCCGAAAGCUGGGAGGAGGAAACAAAGUCUUACCUCAGAGUCAGAUAAGAGGUCCUUUAUGAAGCCGCUUAACCGUAAAGUAGGAGUUCUUCUUUUCGCUUUGGAACCAUAAAAUUAAAAUCUCUUCUUUUAGCUGGUAUGUUGCACUCAGAAGCGUAGAUUAAUUUGACGAAGGCCUUGUGGGUGCGUUAACGCUAAAACAUGUUCUUGCCAAAAGCACUAAAAUGACUUUGAUCAACUUUUUCUUUUUUUUCCCUAUUUUUUUUAUGACCGCUGCAGUUCAAACUAGCGCUGUAUUAUCUACUGAACGAGUGCGUCUAUUUCUCAGUAAGACCUUCACAUAGGCUAAACAUCAGUGUGCCUUGGCUUCAGUAAUAAUUUAGACAAUCUUGGUCCCAUCAUUUAUCGCCUUCAGGAGACUCCUUUUGGGCGGGAGAAAAAAAGACCACCACAGCUAAAAGCAGGACCAAAUCAUCCUCCGUCUAACACGUGGGGACAGCAGAGACUGAUUUCCUCCCUCCGGAUGCUUGAUAAAUACGGACACUGGUCUUUUUCUUUCUUUUUUUUUUUUUUUCUUUUUUUUUUCCCCUAAAUGGUGCAUUUUCUUUAUAUAUUUGAAUUUUCUCAGCCCCCCUCCCACUCCCCGCCAAUGUAGAAUACUGACAUUUGUUUACUCAGGCAUAGAAAAAGUAUUUAAUUUAAAUGAGAGGGGAAAAAACCCUUUUGCUUCUGAGCUUGUGUAUUUAGAUAGCAAAAACAUCAUCUUUGGUCAAAAACAAAGUGAACCAUUUCUCAUAUUUCAUUCUCUUUACGCUUUAGGAAAAUAUUAAUUUUAUUCCUCUGAUUAUUUCUGGUUUGUUGGCAUUUUAAAAAAUUGAAAUCCACCAACAACCACCACCCUAUUCAGAAGACUCCUUUAAACCAUUAUUAAUAACAAACGUUGCUGCAUUUGGUUUGUUUGUAAAACUAUUUUUGACACCUGAUGUACUGGAAACGCUAAAGAAUUCGACAUUUGUGCAUUUUUCAAGAAUAAAAGCCGAGGCAUACACUGGUAUCUAUCUGCACAGGGUACUUAUUUCAUAACGUUCCUUUGGGGAAAAAGAAUUUUGAUACAAAUCGUAAUAAAAUUGUACCUUUGUAUUUUUAUGACAAUGCUGAUGAUACCUUUCAUCGUACCUAACAAAUUUUGGAUGAUUUGACACCAAUCGUGUUCUAUGGGGAACGGGGGUUUUGGCCACUAAAAUGUUUUGGGAUUUUUUUGUUGUUGUUUUUUUUUUUUUUUUUUUUUUUUUUUUGUUCUGGAAGAUUCAUCUCAGGGUGCAAAUGAUGUGAAAGAGAACAGGCCUCUCUUUAGUUUGCAUAUUAGAACAUGCUUAAAUGUUUGGGAUGGUGCUUGCCAACCCCACACACACGGGAUAAACUCGGGCAGCGGGCUGCAGAUUUUUCCUGCAGCCGUCUGGCCGGCUUCACCUGAAGGGCCGCGGACAGGGAAGUGGAAGGUAGAAAUGUAAAGUCAUAAAUGGUUUGUUUUCCUUGUUUUACAGACGACAAAAUAGCAGCUAGGAUUGAGAGUGAGAAAUUGGAAAAAAGCGAGAGGAAUCCAUGUGAGGAGUUUGUUCUGUAGCUUCUUCCUGUAAAGGGAAUGAAUGUUUUUUCCAUCUGUUUUAUGGAUUAUUAUUUUUUUAUCUUUUAACAUUUGGAAAUAAAAGUACUUCAUGUCUGUUUUAUCUUGAGCAUUUUAAAUGGAUAUCGUGAUUGGAUUUACAUUUGAAACUUGUCGAGUAAUGUGUAUGGUUUUUAAAAAUAAAAAAUGUAUUUAGCCUAA